CCUUCUCGUCUCUCUCGGAAAAAGAGACAACCGCCCACUGCGAUGGCCGCCAUCAUUCGAUUUUGCGUUCGACGCCAACAAUAUCACUACAGACUUCGGACUGGAUCCCAAUUCCCUUUCUUGGCCAUUGAUGAGCAACCUUGAUCCGGCGGCUCCUCACUUGAUGCUUGAGGCUCGGUGAGUCGGGCUUUAUUUUUUUUUUACUAACCCACUUUUGGAGGCCACAACAUCUGCGCCCUUCACACACCAAUGCGCCGACGCCACGUGCUUCGCAGAUUUCCCGAACCGGAAAAGCCUCCACGAGCAUGCCAAUUAGACCGGACACCUUCCCUUUGGCUGCUGGUGCGGCAAGCUGUUCAAGAGAGCCGACGCCCUCAGCCGCCACGUCACCCCUCCAUCAAUCGAGUGCGAGUUUUGCACCAACCACAGCGGUGACAAAGCCUUCCGCCGGCUCGACCACCUCCGCCAGCAUCUGUCCGUGUUUCACAAAUUCAACAAGAAGGCCCUCGACUCGUACUUCAAGGCUCGCGCAGAGAAGAAAGCACGGGCCUGAGACCACCCAUCAGACAGACCCCCAUCAUUGGCAUGGUGUUGAGGGGUGUGGCAUUCCCCACUUCCUUAUGCACCUCCCUGACUAUCUUGUGCACGUCUUGUGCAAGCCUUAUGCCAGUUGGAUUUCCUAGGUUGUCGUCUUCACUUGCCCUAACCCCUGAUCCCCAGCACCGCCUGUUAGACGCAUUUCUUGUUCACUCGUUCUGCAAUCAGAUUGUCGCCCAGAUUCCACAACCUCCCCGUCCUUUCCCUCUUUUGUAUCAGAU